UAACGUAUGUGUGAGAUUGUUUGUAUAUAUUAAUGAGCUUUGUUUUUGCUAAAAGCUUUUAUCCAAACUAUGAAAGGCACUAUGUUUUGUGCAUCUCAAGCAUCAACAGCUACGGCUAACCAUGAUGAACGGAGCAUCAACCGUCACAACCCCAUUAUCAAAGAUGGUAGAAGAUCUUUCACGGCACCGUGCUCUUCCGGUGACGAUUACAUUGCACCGUACCGUCAACUUUCGAAAAUUACGAAAAUACCCUCCUCCCCUUCCUCCUCAGGUGAUGGGAAGAUGGUUCAGGUUGAUAAGGGAAGGAAGAGUACUUCAAAGUCGUUGUUGAAGCUACUUAGUAGUGAUAAUGUUAGCCUAGCGAGGAAGAGUUUUGGCUGUGGUGAUGUUACCAAAAGUACCCCACCUGGUUCUACAAGGUAUCUUCUUGGAACCGACCCGGUUUCUUUAUCCGGGUCUUCGGGUAAGGAUAUGGUUGUAGGGGAGGAAGGUGAACCUUCUGAGGCAAGAAGAGCAGUGGAAGAGAAAAAGAAGACUUCUUCUGGUUCAGACCAGCAGGUGGUUGUUCUUAGAGUGUCUAUCCACUGUCAGUGCAGAGGCUGUGAAGGCAAAGUGAAGAAACAUCUAUCUAGAAUGCAAGGUCAAUUAUCUCUUCUUAUCAUGUUUGGCUUUUUCUUUAUCAACAUGAUGUCCACACAUAUACAUAUCAUUGUAAAUGGGUUUUGGAUAGGAGUGACAUCCUUCAACAUAGAUUUUGCUUCAAAGAAGGUGACUGUGACUGGAGACAUCACUCCCUUACAAGUAUUGGGUUGCCUCUCAAAGGUCAAAAAUGCUCAGUUCUGGACACCACCACCUCCAUCAUCUCUCCCAAGGGCAGAUCCAGAGAACUAAAGAAACACCUUAGUGAAUUUGUAUUAUCUUUCUCUUAUGUGUUCUGAAUCAAAGGUUAACAGAGACCUUUCACUGAGAUGACGCUUAAUGCUUUUUUUCAGGGACUCAUGCAUGUUUAUUCACUACCUCAUAUGAUAAAAUUGUCAUUACAAUAUUCCAUUUAGUUCAGUUUUUGUUUAAACUAUAUAUCUAAGAUUGAGAUAAUAUUUAACAUUCUAGAAGAUUGCAUCUACUACAAGCUCUGCUAAGAGUUCAUCUGUCAACAUUUCCUCAAUAUCUCUACCUA